AGCUCGCAAGCUUAGUGAGAGAAGGAGGGCGGAGGAGAGGCCGCUGAGCCCCAACGGUUAAGGACUAUUUCAUUGGGGACGUAAGGACUUUAGAACAGAGAAGAAAUGAGUGGAAACAGGGCCAGAGGCACCACCCAGCCCGCGGAGGCCAACAGGAAUACUAGGCGUAUGAGCAACCCAUCAGACAUCUCCCCCACGCCCUGUGGCCAGACAGGGGACCAGACCCUCAGAAACCACAGCAUCUACACGCAGCUGAUGGAGACGGUGCUGUCCUUCAUGAAGCUGAUGACCGGGGACCAGCAGCAGGACCCAGCGCUGGAGGAGCAGAAGCACAGUCAGGCCAUCAGGGAGCAGGAAGCCCUCCUGGGUCACCUGAUGAUCCAGACAGUCAAGCACCUACAGUCUGGGGCCACAGGUGGUCACAAGUUCCAACUGCCUUGCCCUUCCAUGCACUCUAGGGACAAUGUCCGAGGCGGGCAGCAGGCCCAAUCAUCCAGGAAGACUUGCCGAGAUACAUUUAUCAGCUCUGACCUGUCCAGCCGUGGCCUCGACAUCUCUUCCUUAUACCACUCCAGCUUCCAAGACUACAACACCUACCAAGGAAACAAAUACGACAAGAAGAAUAACACCCUGGGCUUCAUCAACCUUGGUACCAGUGAGAACAAGCUCUGUAUUGAUCUGCUGACAGAAAGGUUGAGGCGGAGUGACAUGAACUACGUUGAUGACAACCUACUGCAAUAUCCAGACUGGAGAGGGCAACCAUUCCUGCGGAAAGAAGUGGCCCAGUUCUUGACCACCUACUGUAAGGCACCUGCUCAUCUUGAUCCCGAAAACGUGGUGGUUCUAAAUGGCUGCUCCUCUGUCUUAUCCUCACUGGCCAUGGUUCUGUGUGAUCCAGGCGAGGCCUUUCUGGUCCCCACUCCCUUCUCCAGUGGCUUCAUCUUCAGUGCCUGCUUAUAUGCAAAAGUUGAGCUGCUUCCUGUACACCUGGAUAGUUGGGUCGCUGGUGCCAACACCUCUCCAUUCCAGCUCUCUGUGGGCAAGCUGGAGCAAGUCCUGUUUGAGGCUAAGAUGGAGGGGAAAAAGGUCAGAGGCCUCCUGCUAACCAACCCUCAGAAUCCUCUGGGAGAUGUGUACUCCCGAGACUCACUGAUGGACUAUCUGGAAUUUGCCAAGAGGUACCACCUCCAUGUGAUCAUAGAUGAGAUUUACAUGCUGUCUGUGUUUGAUGAAGCCAUUACUUUCCACAGUGUUCUGAGCAUAGAGAGUUUGCCAGACCCCAGCAAGACCCAUGUGAUCUGGGGCACGAGCAAGGACUUCGGCAUCUCCGGCUUGUGCUUUGGCGCCCUGUACACCUUCAACAAGGCGGUGGCCUCUGCCGUGAGCUCUUUCGGCUCCCUCCACAGCAUCUCCAGCAUCGCCCAGUACAAGCUGAGGCAGCUGCUCCAAGACAGAGAAUGGCUUGACAGCACGUACCUGCCCAUUAAUCACUUCCGGCUGCGCACGGCUCACAAGUACAUCACUAAUGAGCUGAAGGCAUUGAAUGUCCCUUUUCUCAAUCGUGGCUCUGGCCUCUUUGUCUGGAUCAACUUGAGAAAGUACCUGCACCCACGCACGUUUGAGGAAGAGCUGCUUCUCCAUCGCCACUUCCUGGACAAAAAGCUGAUACUGUCCCCUGGCAAGAGCUUCAUGUGUAAGGAUCCUGGCUGGUUCCGCCUUGUCUUUGCAGACAACCACCUCCUGCUAAGAAGCGCCAUGCAUCGGUUCCAUCAGGUGCUACUGGAACAGGAGAGGAAUUGGACAAGGAGGCAACUGGAGGACGCAAUAGAGGAGGACUUGCUUACCUCCAACACAGCGGCUGCAACCAGGCCCCACUCCUCAAAUCUGAAAGGCUGAACACUGGGAUCCUCCAGACAUGAGCCCCUUAAGCUCACCAUCUGUCAUUCCAGAAGCUUUGCAUCUUUUUAGUCUCUGCUAAGCCAUUGCAUGCAUGCAAAGUGUUUUUAUGGGGGUCCCAGUAGGAAGCCUAGAGAGGAAUAAAGAGAGCUCCUUGGGCCCCUGUUUAGAUGGGUUUAUUUUUAUAUUCAAUACAUAAUAAAUGCCAUAUUCUCAAA